AUGAUUCUCUCUCAAUAUGUGUUCUAUGCCUUAGUGGCAUCUCUCCUGCCAUCGGCGACUUUUGGCCGCUCCUUGUCCUCUGGACACAGUAGCCAGAGCCCACUCUUGACAUCGGGAUGUGAUGAUGGGACGGGAAUUGUGGACCCAGAUAGCAAGUGCAAUGGCACUGGAGUCGUAGAUGGUCCCAAACCCCAUGAUCGAGAAGGGUUCAAGUUCGAGAACCCAUCCACAGACUGCAAAUAUGCGUCGCAAAUGCACAUCUGGGACUCAUUCAAAGACCUUGAGAAGGACAUGGGCAAGCUCUUCACAGUUAUUCAUAAGAAUGUUAGCUUCACCGUUGUCGGGCACCAUCCGAUCGCCGGCCGUUACCACGACCUAAUGCACUUUUACGUCAACGCCUUACGUCGUGUCAGCAUGUUAUUUUCCGACCAUGCAGAUCUGUUUGAGAUUCACCCGCGGGGAAUCUAUGGCGGAUGUGAUGCUAAAUGGUCGGUGGAGGAAAUUCAAUUCAAAGGAGUGAUGAAUUCCGGCGACAAGUUCGAUAUCACCAAUGUCUGGUUCACGCGCUGGCAUCAGGGCCAGAUGGUCGAGAUCCGCACGUACAUCGAUGCACCAAUGAUCAUGGAUGCGCUGCACAAGAACGAACUAUGGUGGAAUGGGACGACCUUCCGGGAUAAUCUUCAAUAUAUCCCGGGGCCAGCGGGGAUGCCAGAUUUAAAAGCAGUGGAGGGAUUGAUGGGAUAUCCCAAUGGUAGCAAGUACAAGGAUUAA